AUGGCGGCUACUCCCUCGCUCCGCUCUAGCCGAUCGUCUUCGGCCGUCAGCCAUCACCCGCAGCCGCUGACACGAGCAUUAACCUCUGAUCGCCCCUCAGCAUUUCUCCAACGGACAUAUUCCCAGAAUAUACUGGUGUUGGAGAAGUGGGCAGAGGAUGUGUCACAAAGUGGAAGUGACAUUGGCGAGGAGAUCCGUAAGAUGAACGAAGAGCAGAAGGCGCGCAGUCGGCAAAGCAGCAUCCAGAGCAGUCAUCAGGGUGAUGUUGAUGGCGCUAGGAGUGUUGCAAGCGGCGCACCACGAGACGUCGAAAGUUCAAGGAGUAGGGGAAGCAGCUACAGCACCAACAUUGUCAACGUCAAUGGUCUGGCGAGGUCUGGCGGUUACAGUCCAGCGGGCUAUUUCAACAGCCCCGUAGGUUCUGUAGGCUCCACGAGCGGUUGGUCUCACAUAUCCGGUGCUCGUAAGGCGUCGACGACAGGGUCUUCUCGUCUGGCGCAAAUGAUAGAGCCAGUGCACGAGGGCCGGCCGCUCGAUUCGCCUUUGGCGCUGGCAUACUCAAUGCACAGCGCUUCGCCGCCGGAGCACCAACUGUCAAGACAGGCUUCCCAAUCUUCGUUCGCACGACAAUAUGAUAUAGUAGCAGGCCAGAUGGACAACUUGAACGACUUCGGUCCACAGUCUGCUCCGGAGCAGAGCCACCCUCUAUUGGGAACGGAGCAAGAGGAUGUCCAGCAUGGCGCUGUAACACCUCCUUACCGCCCAGGUUCAGCGGACACCUUCCAGCAGGCACAAGUAGCGUUCAAAGAUUUCGAUGGCGUCCACUUUUCACCCGAUACCGAAGAGUUCGUGGAGGUGGACGGAGACGGCAACGAAGUAAGGAGAGUGGCGGCACGCAAUUCGUCUGUUCGACUGUCUAUGGAUGCUGCGUCUCUACUGCACACCCCGCGAGCUCGACUAAUUUCACAUGCAGCGCCACCACCUGCAGACGGCAUGGUGUAUUAUCCUGCGCCUGUCCCGCGCAUGCUGAAUUUGCCUAAGAGGCUGUCACAACUACCGUCGGCGAGCGUCCAGGCCCAGCGACGUUCGCAGCUUAUCGGCUCUCUUGGACCCAAUGCCCGCAUGUCCGCACCGUGGCUGCCUGAACUCAAUCUGAACGACGGACACAGCAGACAAGGCUCAGGCUCUCAAUCCGCGCAUUCUGGCGCACCAAGAAGUAUGCUGAACGAGCGCAUGAGCGUCGCCAAUCUCCAGAGUCUACCUCCUCAACUACGCGCGGGCGUCUACUUUGACCAACAGUCCGUGCCACACAAUGUCCAGAUACAGUCGCAGUCUGCCGUUGCGACACUUGACAACAUCCUCGCCGCCUCCGCUACCGCGCCUGUUAACGCGUUCACGGAUCACCCGUUCGCCGGCGACGUAAGGAAGUCUACAUUCGCUCCGGAGCGACCGUACAUGGCACGGACUGUGACCACCCCUGUGCCACGCACACUGGACGAGCCGGAGACUGUGAAACAGCCGAGGAGACGAAGCACUUUUGGCAAUCUACUGCGCCGGAGCAGCAGCGGCGACAAACUUGCUGACCAAUUGCAGAAGAGAGGCAGCCGUGCCAGUUUGCUCACAGAUCUUGGUAAUGAAGACGGAGGUAAGCCACGGAGGCGCAGGAGCCAGAUUAGUUUCGGAGAGGACUUGUCGAAGCGCGCAGAACCAGUGCGAACACCUGGCAACGAGACCGUUGAGUCUGAGUUCGGCCAUGGGCUCAUAGCGCAAGCACGGCAUGCCGAUGGAGGGGAGGUCGCGGAAGAUGAAGUGCACAUGGCUGGCGGAUCGCGACCAGGCACAUCGUCCAGCGGCCAGAGGCUCGAUGAAGGCGCACAGAUUGAGGAGGAUUUCAGGGAAGAGGAAGGGCAAGAGGAUAUCGAGUACGCUGAGCCUGUGUUCGUAAAGCCGAGUACUCUGCUGGCGGAGCUUCAAGUGCGGAAGGCGCAACAAAAGAGCCGAAAUCGCACAGCUGCAACACACUUCCCGAACGGAAUGCACUCCACUUUACUGGAGAUGGACGCUGUAGAGGAGAUCAACAAGACUAAGCGGAAGAAGCAGCGUGUGCCGCUUGCGUGGGAAGAUCCUCAGCAGCAAGCACCAGAUCCGCAAGAUGAGGACGACGAUGUGCCGCUCGGUGUAUUGUUCCCUGGCAAGGACGGCCUGCUCGGCGGUAAGAAGAAGCUUGGCGACGGUCAUGAUUGGGAUCGACCGCUCGGGCUCAUGGAGAAGCGGGAGCUCGAAGAUAGCGAGCCUUUGAGCUCCAGGCGAAAUAGGAUGCUUGGUCUUCCACCGGACUUUGGACGAGCCGAACGCGAUUCGAGUAAAGUCAGGUUGCUGCCGAACAACAGCGAGCUUCAUUUGGCUGGUCAGCCGGAUGCGCCGCCUGAAGGUGAAGCUGAGGACGAAGGCGAUAAGCUUCUGGAAGGCGAGACCUUGGCGCAAAGGCUGAGAAGGCUUCGGACCAAGAACGAGCUUGAUGGAGCGCUCGCGGAUGUCGUGGCAAAGGACGGCAGCCGUCCUGUCAGUGCGUUCUCCGACGAUUUGCUCAAGCGCCUUGGUGGCAUUGAUAUCGACAAGAACGGCAACGACGAAGAUGCGGCUAACGCGGCAGCGAGUGACAAACCUACCGAAGCCGGCACAGCAGCCGAAGAAGAAACCCUAGGUCAGCGCCGCGCGCGUCUGCAGCGCGAGCGUGAGAUCGCUGGCGAGCAUUCUGCUGCUGGCGGGGACGCAUCGACGCGACCCAAUCUCCUCCGUUCCACCAGCAGUCUAGCCAAUCUCCUCGCCACGAACCCUGUCGGUACCCGUAAGCUGAGCCGUAAGCAUGAGCCGGCAGAGGGCACACUACUACACGCAAACGCACACCAACAAGCGCAGCAACGGCAGCAGAUCCUGAACACGAACCGACAAUCCACAUUAUACGGUGUCGAACCGCACAAUUCAGGUGCCCGACCGCUCAGCUCUAGCCACGCUGGCAUGACGGGAGUGCACGGCUUACAAAACGGACGGGCGCCUACAGGCGGUUUCGCAGGCGGCAUGUACAACAACGGCAUGGGCGCAGUGGGCAUGGGUCCCGCCAGCGCUCCGUUAUAUGGCAUGAGCGGUACGAACGGGUACUUCACUUCGCCGACUGCGGGUAUGACAUACGGAGGCGGCAUGUUGGGGUAUGGCAUGCAGCCGCCGCAAUCCAUGAUGAGCCCAAUGGCUUACCAACAGAUGGGUAUGUCCGCGGGUUAUGGCUUUCCUUCACCGAUUGUGGGAGGUUAUGGCUUCGCUGCGCCUCCGCAUAUGCAGUGGGGCAGCAUGGGCGUGGCCACGGGCAUGGAGGAUCCUAUGGACUCGGAGAGAAGGGAGGGCAUUGAUCGCUGGCGAUUAAGUGUAGCGCAGUAG